UGCAGCUCAGAGUACUAAAGCUGGACUGUAGAAAUCAAGAACUGUACAAGCAAUGAUUACUUCUUCAGCAAACUUCUGGAGUCUUCUCCUUUUGCUAUGCAGUUCAAGAGGUUCUGCUCAACUCUUUGUGGUCACCGUGGACACCAACCAACCCUUAAAUACCAGCCGUAUUGUCGUAGGCACGGCUUCAGACCUGGCCCUUCAGGUCCGCUGCACCACAACCUCAACUAGUUCUAUCUCAUGGACUAACGAAGAUGGAUCAUCUGUUAGCCAGGGACUAAAUCCAUUUGGAAUUUCACAAGAGGAUGGGAUUCUGAGAGUGUAUCCAGUGACCUUGUUGAGUGAGGGUCCAAAUAUAUUCAAUUGUUCUGAUGGACUUGAGACAUUGGCUGUACAGUUUGAUAGACGUCCACACCUUUUCUUUACCUCACCAAUACCGGAGCAAGCUCCAGCAACAGUUGAUGUUACCUCUCUCUGUCCUGUCCCAGACAUUCCUGCUGCCACUGUAACAGCAGUAAAUGACACAGGGUUCUCCUAUUGCCAGGUUACGACUGAGAGGGGAACGUAUAGGAGCAGAAGUAUUAUCACUGAGGAGGAAGUGCCAAGAUUUGAGUACGAGCCCUUGGAUUUAGAAGUGAAUGGGAACUCCACAGCUGCUUUCUCUUGUGCUGUACUUGGAAUCAGGCCUGUGACUAGCAUUCAGUGGUACUAUGAAUUAAUGCAGUGUGGUUCCGGAAUCUCCCCAGGGCUUAUGGACGGAAUGCUGACAAAUGACAUGGACAGUGUCACCAUAAGCAGCGGGACUGAUGUCAUUUAUACAAGAGCCAGUAUUCUUCUGCUUGAGAGUGUGGACAGUCAGCACGAAGGCUUCUACAGAUGUAGGGUCACCUUUACAGAUGGAAAAACUCUCUGCAGUAGAAAUGCCUCCUUGAUAUUUAGUACUACCCUAGCAAUAGAAGAGUCCAUUGUCCUGGCUCCACCCAGUGACCUCACUGUGUUGGAAGGGAACACUCUCCUCGUACCUUGUGUAUUAUCAGGUAUAAGCCUGCCGUCUUUCUCAAGGGUAGUAUCUGGUGUCAUGGAAACUAUUACCACUGGGGUGACUUGGUUUGGGCUGGAGAUGAGAGAUGUAGCCAUUACUGAUUCAGGAGUGUACACUUGUACUGUUGGUGGUGUAACAUCUGAGGUCAUGGUUACUGUUACCCCAAGUUUGUUUCCUCCCGAUACUGCGACAAUAUCUCGAAAUCUCCCGACACUCUUUGAUGUUCCUCCACAGCGUAUAGUAACUGAUACUGUGGCAGGCUCUUCCAGACUGCGAUGUGUCUCCCCAGUAGUUGUUGACUUACUUUUUUUGAUGGACACAUACUUGCUUCAAAGUGUUACUGGAACCACCCUCAGUCGAUCUGGUGUAUCUACUCCCGGCUUCUAUCAGUGUGCAUCUACACGGACUGGUGAAUAUACUAACUUGUAUGCCAGUGAAGAAGAGAGCAUCUACAUCUUGAGAGCAUUUCUAAGUACCACAGCGUUGACACCACCAGUAUCAAUCAACAGGCCAUCCACUGGUUCACUUAGAAUUAACCUGACUUGUUCUACUGAAGGCAACCCUCUACCAAGACUCUCUUGGACUAUGAACAACCUCCCCAGCUCUGACGGUAUACAGGUUGUCACUGGCUUCAUGGGCACGGCCUCCUCCAUUUUGACGCUGUCCACUGCUGACCUGAACCUCGGGCCUAACACAGUGCUCUGCACCGCCUCCCUUGAUCCUCCUGUUCAGCUUGUCGACCCUGUGACAAGAAUAACCACACUUACUGUACAAGCUCUCCCCAACAUCAUAACCCCUCCUAUGGACCUCACUGUGUUAGCUCGUGAAGCAGCAGUAUUGAGUUGCUCAGUGGAGGGAUUUCCCCUACCCAUAAUCUCCUGGGUGAUGGUGGAUGAUGACGGGAACCAUAAAUAUCUGAUUGCUGAAAAUAGCUUGGAUAUCACUGAGACUAACACAUCACCAUCCACAGUAACCAGUACCCUGAUAAUUUUAUUCGCUAACAUCACACUCAGCGGUGCCUAUCAAUGCAUGGCCAGCAAUACUCUGGGAGCUGUCAACAAUACUGCCGAAUUAGUUGUCAACAGUUCCCCCGUCAUCAGGCCUCGUAAAAACCUCACUGUGUUAGCUCCAGAAGAAGCAAUGUUGAGCUGCUUAGUGAUUGGAUUUCCCCUACCCACGGUCUCCUGGGUGAUGGUGGACAAUGACCGGAACCAGAGACUUCUAACUACUGGAGGGAGCGUUGCUAUAGCUGAAACUAAUACCACCAUCUCACUGACUAGUAAUCUGACCAUUUCUCCCACUGAUAUCAGACAGUCGGGACGAUACGUGUGUAUAGCUACCAAUGUGUUUGGCAUGGCUAAUGAGUCUGCUCUCCUUACUGUGAAUGAUGUUCCUGUUGUGACGACCCCUCCUAUGGACCUUACUGUGUUGUCUCCUGGAAUGGCAGUGAUGAGCUGCUCAGUGGAAGGACUUCCCCUCCCCACUGUCUCUUGGGUAAUGGUGGACGAUGACGGGAAUCAGAUACCUCUAACUACUGAAGGGAGCAUUGUUAUCGCUGAGACUAAUUCUGUAAACAGCAAUCUGAUUAUUGCUCGUACUAAUUUGACGUUGAAUGGAAUCUACGUAUGUGUGGCCAUCAAUGUUGUCGGGUCUAUCAUUGCAUCUGCUGUUCUCACUGUCAAUGCCCCUCCAGUGUUUUUGGUGAGCCCAGUCGAAGAGAUUUUGGUAAUCGAAGGAAAGCUAGUGACUCUAAAAUGCACUGCUGAGGGCAACCCAUUACCUGCCAUCACCUGGAUGAUUAACAAUAGCAUAGUAUCUGCCGUGGACAGUAACUUCAAUAUAAUCUUGAGCAAUGAUAGUUUCACUCAGACCAGUGUGCUUAGUUUCAUUGCUACGGAGAUGGACUCUCUGAGGACCAAUGGUACCAUACUGUACUGUGUGGCCGAUAAUAGCCUCAAGAGCGGAGUUGAGAGUAAUCGCACACUGGUCACUAUUGCUGGCCCACCCCUGCCCCCAAGAAUCAUGAUCAUACCAGCUAAUCGCUUUGUCCUAGUCUCCUGGACAAUGCCCUUCUCUCAACUCCCUAUCACCAACUAUCUUGUUAAUGUCGUUGAGAGUUUGUCUGGAGCUAUCACCAUACAAACUAUCCCAGCUGACACCCUCUAUUAUAACGCCACAUCUCUCACACCUAACCUUCAGUACAAUGUCAGUGUAAGGGCCCUGAGCAGAGCUGGAGCUAGCAGUGUCACUACUGAGCCAUUCUACACUCUGGAAGAGGCUACGUUGCUGAUUCAACUUCGACUUAUGGGGGUGGAUAGAUGUCAGCAAUGGUUGGUUGAAAAUGGUCGUGAAAAAUUGAACACUUUGAGUGAAGCAAUCUCAACUAGUGUCCAGGAAAGAUGCCAGUGUGAAUUUUCUGUGGCGAAUAUUAUGGGCCCAAAGUUUCGUUGCUUUGCUGAAUCUGAAAGUGCUGUUACAUAUCGAGCUCAAAUUAGUGGCACUGUGACAGCUUCAGCUGAAGAUAUUGCAACCUAUGUCAGUGAUUGGCUAUCAGAGGGACCUCUUAUAACGUUUGAUUUCAUUUUGAUUGCUGUUGAUACCUCGUGCCAGGUUGUGGUGUCUUCAUUUGCUGAUCCAGAGUGCAUUCCUGCUGCUAUAGAAUUUCCAGUUGGUGCUGCAGUUGGAGGUGCUAUUGGUGUAGUACUGCUGAUUGUAGUCUCCAUUAUUGUUCUUGUCUGUUUAUGCGUUCUUAGAAAACGACACAAAAUAAGGUUAGAAAUGGAGAUGAGUGCAGUACAAGCCUAUGUAGACACUGAAGAAAGAGAAUACGAAACUCUCGAUACAUUUCAAGAUGAAUUGCGUCAAGCACCCCCUGUUCCAGAAUAUGACUAUGUUUAUGUUAGGACUCCUUUUGCAACCAGUAUUGCUGCUAAGAGUUUUGAGCUCACAGAGUGUGUUGCUUAUAAUAGUGUGACUGGUAGACCUUAGUUUUGUGGUUUUGUCGUAUUCAGUGUUGUUAAUUUGCUAUUGGGCAAAGAUCAU